CAUACGAAUAGGCCCAGUUGGGUAGACACGUGAGAUUUCCCCAAUAUUCCGCUGAGUCAUCUUUGUAGCAAAUGGGUACCUCUUGACUGUCGCACAAAUCGACAAUCCACUGGUAGCUGUGAUCGGCGUUUGUAGAGAGCGCAUAACAGUCUAGCGCCAGUAGUAUACACGUUGGAUCUCGCAACGGAUCCAGUGCCAAUAUGUAGCGACCAACUGCAAAUGAGGCCCGUGAGAGUCUUUCAUGACAGAUAGAAUGAAGGGAGUUGAGCCAUGAAUUAAUUGAAUCCACACUUGAGCGCAAACAUAAACGAUUAAACCAUUCUGUCUUACCCUGCCAUAUUGUUGACUCGCGCCAAUCGGAACAGAGCAUUGAAGUAAGUCUUGUUUUCUGGCUGGUUGCAAUCCAUAAAACAUUGAUCCUGAAAGAUGCGUGAACUAAAGCUAGACAGGGUUGCCGAUUCAUACACCCACAAAGAUCGUCUCAAAAAGGUGAGUCCCUCUUGCGCCUGAUUGGCAUGGUAGAGCAUCAUUCCCAAUGUGACCAACGCCUCUGUGACGAAUGGGUGAUGAGCCACAAACAUGACGAGGGCAUUCAUGUCUCCCGAAGCCUGAAUGCGUUCAAAAUCUUGACAAUCCUUAUCGUAGCUAUCUGAAUUCAAAAAGGUGAACCAUCGUCGACGAUCCUGCAUGGCUUCCAAUGUGUCCAUGGUAGCACCAUGGUCCAGUAUGCCACUGGUAGUGCUAUUGUACGGCCAAGGAAGAUCCCGAUGGGUUUCUCGAUCAUAAGUGGACAUUCCAAUCCCACCUCCCACAUAAUGGGGUGGUUUGACAUUGACGUGCAAGUCUCGUGGAUUUCCAAAGAGGAAGACUUUUUGGGCGCCCCACGAGCCACUGGUUCUUCCUCCUCGCUUUCAUCGUCGUCUUCCUCUUCUGCCUGUGCCAGUGCGGCUCGGUCUUCUCGUAGCUUGCGAAUCGCACGAGCGCUCAUGAUGAUGACAAUGUCAGGUAUACCACGGUUGUUCCUCUUGAGACUGGUGGAGUUGAGUUUGCAAGAGAUCGAUGGCUGGGAGGGUUGCUUGGUUUGUGUGGGUGGUGGGUGGUGGGGUUGCAGCUUGGAGCGUUUGUGGUCGAUUCGGUGGUUUAACGUGCUGACUAGCUACUUCUCGCUACUAGUAGUUAUCGUUCCUUUAUUAUUAAUAUUUGUUUUUGCAUGGAAGAUUUUACCGUUUUGUCAUUGCCACCAACACGAGAAGAGACUAGCUCUUCUGGUAUACUCUCUGUUGACCUCUAAGACACAAGCAUAGUACAAGUUGUUCAUCCACACCAUGCCAAUCCUUCAAGCGUUGCUUUGCUUCGUCUUGGUGGCUUUGCCUACAGGCAAUGGCAUUCGAAUUCCAGCAAGGCUUGUAAAGAACUCGUUGAGCACUGCAAAACCUGAAAGGGGACACGUUGCAGCGAACAACGGGCAUAUCAUUAAUAACGAUGACCUUCAUCUUGGCGGUGCUUCAAAUAAAACCAGCACUGAGAUAUCAGGGGAUCAGGGAAACACCACCAGGGACCAUGCUGGGUUACGUCCAAGGAUGGUUUGGAAAAGCCUCAAGGUCAAAGUGACAGAGAUACUGGUACAGUUAAGAAUUGGGGCAUCCCACUGUCUCUUGGGUGAUCAUUAUGUCGCAUUUUUGCCACGGGACACAACUGUGGAUGUGAUUGCAAAACUAGUGCUUGAACCGCUCUUCUUUCAUCCAAAGCAUGGUGUCACAUUGCAGCGCAAAGCAUCCAGGCUCCUUUUGUUUUUGUACGAUACCUCCAAGAAGGCUCAAGCUAUCUUUCGAAUUUCAGCACUAGGCGCAUGGGGCUUGCAAUUUCAGAAACAAUUUGGUAGAGGCUUGGAAGUGUUCUUUCUACCAACCCUGCUUUAUGCUGUGUACAUGAACUGCAUCUAUUUCGUGGCUGCCAAGACCCAGCACGGUUAA